UUAAUUUCUUGGAAGUCCAGAGAAAGAGAAAGCUCAGCCCAAUAACCUAACCAAACUAUAUAGUAUAACCUCUCUCUAUAUAUAUGUCAACCCAAACGCAGUUUCAGGCCAGACUCUGUUCCUACUCACUCAUUCAUCUUCAAAGCUCAGCUAAGCCUCCCUCUAGUCUCUGUUCUUCGUAUUCAGUUUCAAAGCUCAGCUAACGAAAUUGAAAACCAUCCAGAAAUAAAUGGGGAAGCAAAAGGUAGUAUUUAGCAUCACUAUGAGGGAUGAGAAGGCUAAAGUCAAAGCCCACAAAAUUGUCGUUGACCACUCCGGUACGUACAAAAUUAGCUCUCUAUCUAUAUACUAUCGUAUAUGGGAUGGGCGGUUUUGUACUCAUGCUUUCCAAAUACUUUCCUCUCCAGGAGUUGUUUCAACGUCUGUGGACCCAGAGAAGGGGCGGAUAGAGGUGGUCGGCGAGUUUGAUGCCGUGGCGCUGGCCGUCGAGCUGAGAAGGAAACUUGGACAAGCUAAUAUAGAGACCAUGGCCCCCGUGGUUGAAGAAAAGAAGAAAGAAUACAAAAGGAAUGAUACUCCAACACCCCAAUACGGGACAAUCACUUUUAAUCCAUACACUUCCUAUCAAGCGCCUUCUUACUACUACGGUUAUUAGGCUAAUCCUUACAAUAAUUAAUGAUUAUGAACAUGUGUGGAGGCACUGUAUUGUAAUUCAAUUUAGUUUGUAAUGAAACUAAUAAACUUAUUU